AAAACGCCUUAGUACCUACCAGUCGAAGGGGGAGGGAGGGAAAGACAAAUGCCCACCGACCGCUAAGUUGUGUUAAUCCAACCACAACCACCAACAAAAACAAUCAAAUCCAUCCAUCAUUCAUCAAUCUGCUCCUUCUCAUCUUCAAACUUCCGACCUCCCUAGGGAUCGCGCCAAUUCCCACCCAUCUUCCCCCUCCGAGUCCACUUUCGGCCAUGCGACAUCGCUGCUGAGCUGUCCCUGCACCGACUUCGCUGUCAUUUUGCCUCUACCCUUCCCCUUCCUUUGCCCUAAGGCGGACGGAUCAUCCCACUAUCCGCCCACUUCGUCUGGUUCUGUGUGUAACUGUUGAACCUCGCCGAACCGCUGCUGGCCGAGGCAGCUCCCAGACCCAUUUGACGACGACCAUCCAUUAUGUCACACAAUAACAACAACGGUAACAACAAUAACAGCGCAUCGCCUCAAUCGUCACGACCUCCACAGCAGGGCCAACAGGGCCAACACACUCGUACCUACCAGGCUUGCAUUCCGUGCAGACGUCGCAAAGUUCGCUGUGACCUGGGACCUGUCGACAACCCUCACGAUCCACCUUGCGUCCGCUGCCGUCGCGAGAGCAAAGAGUGCUUCUUUUCCGCUACCCGUCGCAAGCGGAAGCCACAGGACGAUGUCGACGACGUCGAGGACGAGCAGGAUGACUACGAGAUCCGCAAUGCGAGAAAGCGCAUGCGCGCUCCCGACCACGACGAACCCCACCGACCCCAUCCCGUGAACAUCAACCGUUCAAACUCCUACUCCGCACAACCACUUACCCCAGGUGGCUCUGUCGGGAGGCAUGAACCCUUGCGACGACCCCAUUCCAGCUCCGUGCCGCGCGACACCGAGGAGGACCAGAAGUUGAGCAACACAUCGACCGCCAUUUUGCAGGCGGGCGAGAUCUACAGUGGGCAUGAUGCGCUGAACCUACUCUUCGAGGCUGCUGGCAGAAACGGCGACUUCAACCAUCACCGGACGAACAGCACCUCAAGCCAUAACAGGCCAACUCUAAACGCUGGCAGCACCCCCGGGUCCCAGACCGCCUUCGCCAGCCCGCAGGCAGCCGCGCAGCCGCAGAACAUACGCGACACGCCAGUGCAGUCGCGGCCCGUCCCAGAUCUCAACGUCGAUCCAGCAAUAUCACAACAGUUUAACGUCAUGCCCGAGGUUCCUAACGAUGACCCGGCCUUUGCAGAUGCUGUGAGAGCGUGGUCGAGGUUCCGCUUCGUCCGCGCGGGGUGGCUCACGGCGAAAGAAGCAAUCGCAUAUAUCGACUACUUCUACCGAUACCUCUCUCCUCUGACGCCAAUUGUCGUUCCGGACUACCGCGAAUACACCUUACACGGCCGUCUAUUGAAGGAGGAACCCAUGUUGACCAUCACCCUGCUGACCAUCUCGUCCCGCUUCCACCAGCCCGCCACGCCCGGCGCAAUCUCCCGCUCCUAUCUUAUCCAUGAGAAGUUCUGGAAAUACCUCCAGGGAAUGAUUGACCGCAUGAUAUACGGACAGGAGCAAUUCGGUGGUGGUUUCUGUGGUGCCGGCCAGCAGCCAGGAUCCGAUGUCAAUCCACUCUCCAGGAAGGGUCUACGGACGCUCGGUACUGUGGAGAGCUUGAUGCUUCUCACCGAGUGGCAUCCCCGAGCCCUCCAUUUCCCACCUGGGGACGACGAUGACGAGCUUCUCCUUCCAGACGAUCUCGGGGACAGCAGCUAUGCUGAUGGGGCCGCGUCUAAGGCAGAUCUGAGGCAGGGCCCGGGAGGUCAACGGAUCGACAGCUGGCUCGAACCGUGCUGGCGCAGCGACCGCAUGUGCUGGAUGCUGCUCGGCAACGCCAUGUCCCUUGCCUUCGAAAUCGGCGUGUUCGACGACACGAGCGAGGCCGAGUUCGAGGAGGCGAAUUCCCAUCUUUCCCAUGCCACGGUCAAGGCGUACUAUCGCCGCAAGAACCACCUCAAGGAUCUUUUGAUAAUAUACGUGACCCAGACUAGUGGAAGGUUGGGGCUGACAUCGAUGCUUCCCAAGGUCGAGCGCGAGGACGACUUCACGAAGAAGGCCACGCCGAACGAGCAGUAUCAGGAACGAGUAACACGCAUUAAGGCGCCGGCGCCGAACCUUGGAAACCGUCCGGACGGCCAGCGGCUACCUCUAGAAUCCAUCGCAACCCAGCAUCGCCACGCCGUCCAGGAUCUCGUGCUCGACUUCUGGGGCGAGAUCGCAAAGAUAAUGGAGCUGGGCAACCUUCGCCUGUUCCCGAAUCGCCGUCAGACCCGCGAGCUGCUCAUGUCUGAGAAUUACGUCGAGUUGUUGCAGCGGUUCCAGGAGCCCUUAAUGCGUUGGAAACAGAACUUCGACCGCGCAAGGGAAGUGCCUGACCAACUCCGCCAUGUCCUUCUUAUUGAGUUCGAAUAUACCCGCGUCUAUGUCAAUUCACUAGCUUUACAAGCAGUCGUUGAACGUUGCACGCACAACACUCCAUUGCAAGCACACGCCCAGCCACAUGGUUCUGCCGCUUCCAAAGACACUUCACGAGACGGAGGUGCGAUCCCGUUCAACACGCUGCAGAAGUGGUACGGCAACGACAGGCACUACAUCAACGAGGUCAUCGAAGCUAGUCGUAAUGUCCUCCGAGUGGUCGUCGAAGGCCUGCAACAACAGAACUUCCUACGUCACGCACCCGUCCGAACAUUCUUCCGCAUCGUGUCUGUCGCCAUCAUCCUGCUCAAGACGUUCGCUCUCGGAGCCACAGAAGACGACGUUGCCUACUCCCUAACCCUUCUCGACCGGGCCGUGGAAGCACUCCGCACCUCCCUCGUAGACGACGUCCACGUCGGCAACCGUUUCGCGGACCUGGUAGAAACCCUGACCCACCGCAUCCGCGCUCGAUUCGUGCGCCUCGCUGCUAACGGCUCGACGGGCGUGUCGCGCGCAGGCUCUCGCUCACCCACGCGAGUGACAGCUCCGAUACCCAUGAUGCCGCCACCCCAACCCAUUCCCCAGCAGCAACAGCAGAACAACAACGCCCAGCUCAACCAACCCUACCCGAUACCCUACCAACAAGGCACCGGCACCUCCGUCCCGGGAUCACCCUCCCUCGGCGUGACCUCCUCAGGCCGCCUCACCCCGACCGCAAGCCACGCCCUCUGGGGCAUCUCCUCCGAAUCCUACGACCCGAACACAAACAGCAUCUCCAUCAUGCCGCCUCCAGGCUUCGCCGCCCCCAACGGCUUCUACGACAGCAGCACCUCAUCACUCAACCAACCCCACGACCCAAACCAUCAGCAACAAUGGAAUGGCACCGGCACAGGCGCACAAGGCCAGGCAUACGCUGGCAACGCGGGCGGCUUCGCGGGCGACCAGGACUGGCUCGCGCUCCCGCUCGACCCCCUGCUCAACCAGUGGGGCGCCGACAUCACGCAGACGGCCAUGGGGCCCGACGUUGGCGGCAUGGACAUGCUGGAUAUUCUGCUGAACAUGGGAGGGCCGCCUGGUAGUGCUUAAAGGGAAAGAGAGAAACAGGGGAAUUUGGAUGAUUUGGUGGGUGGAUCUACCGUUAUGUUUUGACUAAGGUCGUAAUUAUACCAUUUUCGUUUUGUUGGCUGCUUGGAUGAUAAGAAGACUUUGGUCUUGUAUUGCGAUACCUUGUGCUGCGAGAUUGGGAGGUUGUAUGCUACUAUCAGUCAGUCGAGUUGGGUUAGGUCAGAUUUAGGUUUACACUUGGAAAAGUAAAAGUAAUGAAUUAGAGUCAAACGCAUGUGCGUAUGGACGUACACGUUCA